AUGUUCUGGCGUUUUGGGGGAUAUGCGAGUAUCUCUAGCAUCGAUACCCUUCUCGACAAACCCGAGGUCACGGUAGAGGACCUCCUGGAUGAGCCAGAGAUCAUUCAAGAAUUGAAACAGCAUAAUACAAAACUCAUAGAAUAUCUACGCGAGGACCAUGUCUUGAAACGGCUUAUGGACUACGUGACCGCACCGAGCCUGGUGAACGAUGACGACGACGACGAUGAAGACGAAGACGAUGCCAAUGAGAAAGAUACUGCCAAAGAUGCAGGCUCAGGAGAGCAAACCGACAAAACCGACGUGAAUGAGAACGAAAAGGAAUUGGAUCCCUUGAAGGGCGUGCUGAAUGCAGACGACCUGGAGAAGGUCGAAAAGUCGCGCCUGAAGCACGCAUACGUGGCCUGUGAGAUUCUGUCUUCGGAAACAUGGACGAUUCUUGAAACCAUUAUGGAGAACCCGGCCUCCCUGCGCGACUUCUGGGGAUUCCUUCGACGCCCCGCGCCUCUCGAUUCCUUGCAGGCUAGUUAUUUCACCAAAGUGAACGAAACCUUGCUAGACAAGAAAACAGAGGAGAUGUUAGAUCUACUAAAAUCCUUGGAUGGAAUUGUACCGGCUCUGCUGCAGCAUAUUGACAAUCCCAUGGUUAUGGACCUCCUGCUCAAGAUUAUCAGCCUGGAAAAGGCGGAAGGUGGCCAAGGAACCGUUGACUGGCUCCGGUCCCAGAACUUGAUUCCGACCCUUCUUUCGUUCCUGUCUCCGGAUCAGCCUGCAUCAGUCCAGACAUCUGCUGGCGAUUUCCUAAAAGCGAUCAUUACAAUCUCCGCAAAUGCCACUCCCAAUGAUCAAUCAUGCAUUGGUCCGAACAGCCUCACCCGCCAGCUAGUGUCGGCAGAGUGUGUGCAACAACUCGUGCAAGCUAUGCUCAAAGGUGGCAAUCCACUGACAGUUGGCGUGGGUAUUGUGAUUGAGGUCAUUCGCAAGAACAAUUCAGACUAUGAUCCCGAACACUUAGGAAGUCCCGAGUCGAUGCCAACCCCUUACGACCCAAUCUACCUCGGCAAUCUUCUUCGUUCGUUUGCCCAACACAUUCCGGAAUUCAUGGCUUUGAUUACCAGUUCAAAGCACGCUGUGUACGAUGGGAAAACUUUCAAGACCGUCGAUCGAGGCCGCUUGAACUCUGCAUGGGGAGGACAAAUUGAGCCGCUCGGUUUCGAUCGAUUCAAGACUUGCGAAUUGAUGGCCGAAUUGCUGCAUUGUAGCAACAUGGGUCUUCUUAACGAGCCUGGUAGCGACGAGUACGUCCAGCAUCGGGAUGCCGAGCGUGAGAGGUUGAUUAAAGAGGGAUACUUCAACCCGCUUCGAGAUGAGCAAUCCGGCAUGGAGUACAAUGAAACCACGGCAGACUUUACGAAUGGAUCAGCCCUGGAUUCAGGAUCUCUUGCAGAUAUCAAGGGUACACACAUGCCUCGCGCGGGUGAAGAAGAAGGAUUUGAGGAUGUCAGCGCCUCUGGCGUGCUUGUUGGCGAGAGGGAAGUAGACCGGCACAUUGAGCAAAUUGAUAUACCCUCAGAGCAAACCACGGUGUCACAAGAGAGCUCGGCUGCCGACUUGCCAUCUACCCCAUCUGCCGAAAAUGUUCCCGAGUCCUCGGAAGCCCUAUCACCUGCUACCGGUCUUGCGGGCGAGAUCAGUGACAUUCAUCUCGAAACCGUACAACAAAUGUCCCCACAGACUGAGCAGGAGCAAGGCACCGUAUCUGCUCAACCAGAAGAUGUUCCACCCCCGCUCUUUGCGUCGAAGGAACAGCCCCUAGAGUCGACUUCUGAACCUGCCGACCAAACAGAGGCCUCGUCUUCCAUUGUUGAGCCUGUCCAAGAAAGGACCCACAACGAUGGUGGUGCUGAAGAUCCUGCCGAGCAGUACAUUCAGUAUGACACAGACGGGCGUCCGGUGGUUGGAGAUUACUUGAAAAUCAAGUUUGUUGAGAACAAGGUCGUCCCAACGAUCUUAGGCUUCUUCUUCCGUUUCCCUUGGAACAACUUCCUCCACAAUGUUGUGUACGAUGUGAUCCAGCAGGUAUUCAACGGACCUAUGGAGCGUGGCUACAACCGUGCUCUCGCAGUCAACGUUUUCGAAACCGGCCAGAUCACAUCUGCAAUCAUCGAGGGCCAGAAGCGCAGCGACGAGGCCCAGAAGACCAAGCAGAUCCGUCUCGGCUACAUGGGUCAUCUGACCCUUGUCGCUGAGGAGGUUGUCAAGUUCAGCGAACGUCACCCGCCGGAGCUGCUUUCGCGCUCUGUCAUGGACUCAGUAUUAAAUCCUGAUUGGAUUGACUACGUUGAGCAGACGCUUUCCGAAACUCGAGAGCGAGACAAUGCCAUCCUCGGAGGAGUUCGCCCAGACAUGUCAGUUGGGUCUCGCCAAGCGGCUAUCAGCUCCAACCAGGGAUUCAGCAGCUCGAAUGCGCUUGCUGAAGCAGGCCUAAAUGGUGGAAUUGGUGGUUCCACCUUCCAGGGAUUUGACUUGAACCAGGGCAGUGUUUCCGGUGGAGCGUUUGGCGCUGGCGGUCAUUCUCUCUUGAGUGGGUUUGCCAGCUCAAGUGACGAUGACGAGGAAGAAGAUUUGGAGGAUCAUGAUGACAGAGAUGCUGCCAAUAUUGACCACGGCGAUUCCGAGAAUGUGAGUACAAACUACUUCCACAAGUCAACCAAUCCCAAUUCUCCCCCUCCUCCAGCUCCACUGAGCACGGGUCCCUCCCGAGCUCGGCGGCAACUGGCAGCACGCCUAGCAGCCCAAAAGCAACAGGCGGCUGAAAAUGAAGAUGUAGAUGCAGCGAGCGACCGAGUUCAUGAGGCUGACAGCCGAGACUCUCAGUGGACGAGCAACCCAUUCGUGAUCGCUGGCAUUGACGACGACGCCGAGGGAGGCAACACCGCUUUCCCUAACACUGACUUUGGAUCAAAUGAUGACCGGACCUUUGCGUCGGGGUUCCAUGAAGGUGGAUUCAGUCCACCAGACUCACUGUCAAACUCCUCUGAUGAAGAUGGAGACGGUCACGCAGAGAUGCGGCGACGUGUCCGCGUUCCUCUGGAAGUGGAUGAAGAUGAUGAUGACAUGGGCGAAAUGGUCGGACCCAGCGCCACCGGUAUGCUUGAUUCAGACGACGAAGAGGAUGCUAUCAUCAACGAAUCCCUGGGUUACUCGAACCUUCCGCAUCCCAAUCGAUACACUGGAUUUCGCCGGCCGCGGGCUGUAAGCUCCCACUAUGACGACGAACAAAAUGACAGCAGCGAUGGUGAGGAUGACGGGCUGGUAGAGAUUCUCGUCCCAGGCCGCAAAUCCUCAACUUCAAAUUAA